GUUUUAGAUCUCAACUUUCCCUCUCUCUCUGUGUCGACAACUCUGUCUCCUCCCCAAUGGCCACGCUCAGAUUCUUACUCUCCAAAACAACGUCCCAAACCCUCUACAAGUCCGUCCAACCUCGUCGUUUCAAUGGCUCUCCUAUGGUUUCUCAAUUUCUCAGAAGUCUUUACUCUCUUAUUUCCCAAGAAUUCCAAUUCCGUUCCUGCAACAAAUUCCAUUCCUUGCAUUCCAGGACCAUGUCCACUGCCCUGGAUGAUGAUCCCCAAGAUUCUAGUGCAUCUGUCGCUGCCGCGUUAAAUGUUGAUGAUCGGGUCCCCGCCACCGUGAUCACAGGUUUUCUAGGGUCCGGAAAGACAACUUUGUUGAAUCAUAUCCUGACGUCACAUCAUGGAAAACGGAUUGCUGUAAUUGAGAAUGAGUUUGGUGAGGUGGAUAUUGAUGGUUCAUUAGUUGCUAGUCAUUCGUCAUCUAAUGAGGAAAUUGUAAUGGUUAAUAAUGGUUGUCUAUGUUGUACUGUGCGGGGAGAUCUAGUCAAAAUGCUUUUGGAGUUGGCUAAGAAGAAGCGAGACAGGUUUGAUCAUAUUGUGAUAGAGACAACAGGUCUUGCAAAGCCUGGUCCUGUUAUUGAGACAUUUUGUACUGAUGAACUUGUUUCACGUUAUGUGAAACUUGAUGGAGUUGUUACGUUGGUUGACUCCAAGCAUGCCAUGCAGCAUUUGAAUGAGGUAAAACCAAGGUUUGUUGUGAAUGAGGCAGUGGAACAAGUUGCUUAUGCAGACCGUAUUAUAGUGAAUAAGAUAGAUUUGGUGACUGAGGCUGACAUUGAGGAAUUGACAAAGAGAAUUAAGCACAUUAAUGGUAUGGCACAAAUAAAGCUAGCUAAACAUGGAGUUGUUGACAUGGAUUUUGUUUUGGGAGUGGGAGGCUAUGAUCUUGACAGAAUUGAUUCAGAAGUGCACUCAGGUGGUUCCCAUUAUUCUGCUCAUCAACAUGAAAUGGGGGAUGAACACCACAAAGGACAUCAUCAUGACCACAUACACGAUUCGGCUGUCUCCAGUGUUAGUAUUGUUUCCGAGGGAACCCUAGAUCUUGAUGAGGUUGACGAUUGGCUUGAAAGACUGAUCGAAGAUAAAGGGGAGGACCUGUACAGGAUGAAGGGGGUAUUGUCUGUGGAAGGUUCUGAGGAGCGUUAUGUUUUUCAGGGGGUGCAUUCCAUGUUAGAUGGCUCUCCAGGCAAGGCAUGGGAUCCAGAUGAGAAAAGGAUUAACAAGCUUGUCUUCAUUGGAAGAAACUUGGAUGAGACCGCCCUAAGAAAAGGUUACAAAGGCUGUUUAGUGUGACUAGAAGUUGGGUUCAUGUCGUGUGUGCAGAAAAAGGGGUGAAGAGCGUAAAGUCUGGGGAGAAAUCAUGGCUUUAAUGUGUUUGGUUUGCUGUUGAAUGGGGUUAAAUAACUUGUUACUCAUGAAAACAUCAAACUGGAAAUGGUUCAGUAGUGGGCUUUGAAGAUGUGAUAUGCAGAAUUAGUACAAUGAUCAGCGGUUAGUCAUUUAAGGAAUGGAACUACAAAGGUCAUGAGUGGCUCUCCCUGGAAAUCCCGUCGUGAUACCAAGAGUUGCCGAUCAAAUUCGUUGGUUUCUUAGUGACAGUUUAUAAACAACGGCCAGGGUGAGAACAGGAGUUAGGCUUCUUUUGUGGUUGCCGCUUUGGGUGUACCCCUCAAGCCAUUCAAAAUCAACCGUCCAUCUUACACAAAUCAACCUAUGGUGGUAUCUUGAAAUUUCACGCGUUAAUUUUUCUUUUCAUAUGGGUAACAAUUACAUUAAUUGUCUUUCUGCUUUCUAGUUAAACUAGGGGUAACCCAUGUCUAAAGGCACGGUACAAUGUAAAUGAUUUUGAGAGAGAUUGUUGACGACUGUUGGAUGAGUUUUUUUAAAGCCUAUCAUGUUUUCUAUUUUCUCUAUUUUUUUUGUGUAUUUGUAUCCUUUGAGUUUGAGCCAAAUUUAGAGGCUGAAUUUUGAAAUUUCAAAUUGACUUGGUGUUAG